UGAUUUCGCGCACGCGCAAGGAAGGGGGAACAGGGGAACUGAAUUCGCUGGUACACCUGAAGAAUCUUCCAUGCAUAAUAUAGCAGCAGUACGGCCCGUAGACAACAUUAAACCAAAUCUGGCAGGAAUUAUUUUACCUUGCUAUAUGUACCUCCAGCCACUGCGAAUUGGUUAACUUGGAUAAACCACGUGUGAAAAGCCCGAUUUGGAUAGCAAGACUACUUGUAAAUAACUGCGUCAUAACUAGCACUAGCCUUCAUCACCUCACAGUCUUGGAUCAAGUAAUGCUGGCUAGGUAGCUUGUCACAAACUAGUCACGAUAUUAGAGCCACGGUACUGGUCCCACCAUCAUGCCUAAGGACUCCGACAAGCCUGGGUGUGGCAAGGACAACAACACAGAGGACAGGACUGAGAUAUCUGAGGACUCUCUAAUGGAGAAAACCAGCCCAACAAGGUUUGUGUCUGUGGAGGAGCUUAUGAGGACCGCCAAGGGUGUGACCAACAUGGCGCUGGCCCAUGAGAUCGUGGUGAACCAGGGCUUCCAGGUGAAGCCAGUGGAGCCACCGGAGGGAAGUUUGGAGAAAAAAAUUAAAGAGGUCAUGCACAAAGCAUUCUGGGACUGCCUGGAGGGCCAGUUGAGAGAGGAGCCGCCAUCAUAUCACCAUGCCAUUAAGCUCCUGGCGGAAAUCAAAGAAACUCUCCUCUCCUUCCUGCUGACCGGGCCGGGUCACACGCGGCUCCGCGCCCUCAUCCAGGAGGUUUUGGACCUGGAGCUUAUCCAGCAGCAGGCAGAGAACAGCGCUCUGGACAUCCGUAAAGUAGUGGAGUUUGUGGUGGGAAUGAUGGGGUCUCUCUGCGCCCCUUCCAGGGAUGGGGACAUUCGAGCACUCAAGGAGAUCACUGAUCUCGUGCCACUGCUAAGGGCAAUAUUCUUAGUCCUGGAUAAGAUGAAGAUUGACAUGGCCAACUUUGCAGUCAGCAGUAUUCGACCACAUCUCCUCCAGCAGUCGGUAGAGUACGAGAGGAACAAAUUCCAGGAAUUUCUUGAUAAACAACCUAACGCCUUAGAUCUGACUGAAAAAUGGCUUGAAGAUGCGGUGAGGUCUUUACAAGAGAGUGGGGCAGAUGGCUCUGGUAUGGCUGCCUCCAACCCUCUCCCUCUUCUCCCUGUGAACGUUCACAACCAUGCCUUCCUUUAUCUACUGAAGUGGGACCACGCCUCAGAACCAUUCCCUGAGACAGUGCUGAUGGACCAGGUGCGUUUCCAGGAGAUGAAGAGAGAUGUGGGCAGGCUGGCACUGGUGGCCACAGUGCUGCUGGUGGUGUACAACACCUCAGGAGAGGCCAUUGCUGGUCUACCGGGCCUCAUGGACACCUUGAAGAACACCAUCUACACCCUGCUCACUGACCUCCACCAGCCCUCCUUCAGGGCUGCCGAUGCUUUAGCGACCAUAGCAGAACGGCUGUGUGUGGAUCUGGGUGAGGUUCUGUCUCAACAUGGCUUCACCCCAUUCUCCUCUGACCGUCAGAGGGUCCUGAAGGGUCAGAUUUCUGCAGUGGCACACUCCGACAACGCCGUACGCAAGGUCAUAGACUCUCGUAUCCAGACUUACCUGCUGGGGGUCCUGGAGUCCAGCGUUCACAAGAGCGCCCCCUCCUUGCCCGGAGGUUUAGCGCCUAUUAGCAAAGAGCUGGAAGAGUUGGCUGUAAAGUUUGGUCGUCUGGUUAACCUCAACAAGCUAGUUUUCUCUCCAUUCUACCAGCAGAUAUUUCAAAAAAUCCUUAAAGAUGAUGCCACAGCUUAAACACUGAACAGCUAGUUGUCCCGCCUCAUACACCAGGAUAAAGGAUGUGGCCGUUAGUAGUAAAUGUACCUUAGUAGUAUUACAUACGUUCACAAUCAACUGUAGGAUCUCCUCAGCUGCAUUUGAAAUAAAUAAUAGAAAAGAUUGAUAACCAUA